AUGCCGCCCAAAUUUACACCACGCCUGCGAAAGCAGAGACACCGGCAAAACCCAGCCGGCGAGUCGGCCGAUACCAAUGUCGCACAGCUCCAGCCCGUCUCUAAGGAUGAGAAAGAGUUACGACGACAGAAGUUGCAGCAAGAGUUACGAGGGCAGAACCCUCAGAUGUCUUCUAAGAAGCAAAAGCGCUUAGAUAAAUACAUUGAAAACAAACUCAAGAAGGAAGAAAAUCUUGAAUUGCUGAAGAAGUUAGCUCAAUCAUCCGUCGACACCUCCUCUUUGCAGAGUUCUAGGGAUCUUUUCAAGCGCAAAAGACAGAUUGACGAAGUAUCUGCACCGGUAGCCGAUACCACAUCGAAACAUAAUGCUUCCGCAGACAUCUCAGGAUACGAUACCGACGAUUCAGAUAUUCACCUUAAAGUGUCUGAUCCCGCGACAGACCCUAAUGCAGAAAAGUUACAAGAGGAGGCAGCUGCUGGAAGUGGAUUGAAGCGACCACUGGAGCUAGGAGCGGAUGGAUUCCCUGUUCUGAAGAAGCGCAAGCGCGCCCCGAAGAAGAAACCCGCGCCCAAACCGAAACCCGUUAAAGCAGAGGUUGCAUGGGAGGGCUUUGAUUCUGACGAGGAGGAUGAGGACGAAGAUGAAGACGAUGAAAACGAGGACGAUGAGUCUAUUAAGUCCGGAAGUGAUAUUGAAGAGGGCUCUGAAGAUGAAGAUACUUCGUCCGAGGGUAGCUCUGACGACGAGGAUGAGGAAGACUCUGAAGAAUCGGAAGAUAGCGAUGCGAUGGAUGACGAUACUCCAAAGCUCACGACUCGCCAGUCAGCCUUCAAAUCCUGGGCAGUGCAGCAAAUCAACGAAGUCGCAGGCUUCAAACCGACCGAGGUAGCCGUGACCGAGGAAGAGCAAGUGUUCGAUCCGUCCAAGUUGCCUGCAAGUCACAACACCAUUCAAGAAGAGCCCCUGCCUCGAGAGCUUCAAGUGACCCAGGGUGAUCCCAAUCGCAAAGCAUACAGCGUCGCAGUUCAUCGCUCGGAGGAAAUCCAAACUGCCCGUCUUGGACUUCCAGUCGUUGGCGAGGAGCAGAAAAUUAUGGAAGCAAUUCACAACAACUCGGUUGUGGUUAUUUGGGGUGCUACUGGUAGCGGAAAGACAACCCAGCUUCCCCAAUUCCUUUUCGAAUCCGGCUUCGGCUCCCCAGGAAGCCCUAACCCGGGUCUAAUUGGUGUCACCCAGCCACGUCGAGUUGCCGCCGUGAGUAUGGCAAAUCGUGUUUCUCAGGAAUUGGGUGAACACGCCGACAAGGUUUCGUAUCAAAUUCGAUUCGAAUCUACAGCGUCGAAGAAGACGGCCAUUAAGUUCAUGACUGAUGGUAUUCUUCUGCGAGAGAUUGCAGAUGACUUUGCGCUUCGUAAAUACUCUAUCAUUCUUAUUGAUGAGGCCCACGAACGCAGUGUAAACACUGAUAUCCUCAUCGGAAUGGUCAGCCGUAUUGUCGGCCUGCGCAAGUCUUUGAGCGAGGAGGACCCAUCUGUCAAGCCUUUGAAGGUCGUCAUCAUGUCAGCCACUCUCCGCAUCUCGGAUUUCACCGAAAACCCAAGUCUUUUCCGCGAUGGCGCACCUCCCUUGGUCCAAGCCGAGGGUCGCCAGUAUCCUGUUGCAAUCCAUUUCUCCCGCCGCACACAGCGUGAUUACGUUGAAGAUGCCUUCCGCAAGGUUUCGCGCGGACAUCGCAAACUGCCUGCUGGUGGAAUGCUUGUGUUCCUGACUGGACAAAACGAGAUUCGUCAACUUUCUAAGCGAUUGAAGCAGGCAUUCAAGCCCACCCAGCGGGAAGACACAACACUGGCAAAGGUGCAACUCUCAGCUACCGAAGCACCCCUAGAGGCAGAGGAUCUCGAGCUAGGUGGCACCGAAAUGGAAAACCCAGGCCAUGAUGAUUACGACAGCGACCUGGAGAUUACCGGACUAGAUGAUGCAGAAGAAGAUGAAGGCUUCGAGCUAGCUGAAGGUGAAGAGGCCAUGGACUCCUCAACUCGCGUUCAUGUCUUGCCUUUGUACUCGCAACUUCCUACGAAAGAACAGAUGAAGGUGUUUGAGGCACCACCAGAGAACUCCCGCUUGAUCAUCCUCGCCACUAACGUCGCCGAAACAUCUCUUACUAUCCCCGGUAUUAAAUAUGUCUUUGACUGCGGUCGAGCCAAGGAAAAGCAAUUCGAUCUCUUCACUGGAGUCCAAAGCUUCCAGGUUGGCUGGAUCAGCAAGGCCAGUGCAAACCAGAGAGCUGGUCGAGCCGGUCGAACAGGACCAGGUCACUGUUACCGGAUGUACUCGUCUGCUGUCUACGAAGGCGAGUUUGCCGAGUACACUGAACCGGAAAUCAUGCGCACCCCCAUCGAAGGCGUUGUCCUCCAGAUGAAGAGCAUGGGUCUCCACAAUGUGAUCAAUUUCCCAUUCCCCACACCUCCAAGCCGCCAAGGUCUCGCAAAGGCAGAGAAGCUCCUCAAGAACCUCGGCGCCCUCUCAGCCGACGGCCAGGUAACGCAGAUCGGUCGUCGUCUCUCAACAUAUCCCCUCUCCCCUCGAUUCAGUAAAAUGCUUCACAUCGGCCACCAGCACGGUUGCAUGCCCUACGUGAUCGCCCUGGUCGCCGCACUAGCAGUCGGAGACCUCUUCGUCCCAGAGAACCAACUCGACCCGAACAACCCCAUGCCAUCUGCGUCGAAGAAGCCAGUCGAUGACGACAGCGACAGUGACGUUGACACUCGCAAGGUCUACACAAACGCAGACCGCCUCGAGGACACACAGCGUGAGCAACGCGCCAAGGCGCACGCCCGUGCCCACCGUCUCUUCAGCAAGCACGAUGAUACCUCCGAUGCGCUGAAAUACCUCUCUGCAAUCUGUGCCUACGGCUACGCUGCCGACGGCGAUGCUUUCAGUGAACAAAUGUUCCUCCGUGCGAAGGCCUUCAAAGAAGCAACGCAGCUUCGCCGUCAAUUGACUGACAUCGUCCGGUCAAACAACCCGGGUCUGGUCUCUCCCUACGAAGCCCGUCUCCCCGAGCCCACAACUAAGCAAAUCAAGGCUCUGAAGCAAAUCGUCACUGCUGGCUUCAUCGACAACGUCGCUAUCCGCGCGGACCUUGCUCCAGUUCCGCCUGAGAACCCGCGCGCUCCUCGUCGCGCCAUCGACGUCCCCUAUUUGACCCUCUUCCGCUCUCGUGAUGGAAAGGGCCAGGAUCUGGAGGAGCGCGCUGUCUACGUACACCCGUCUUCGUUGCUCGCCAAGCUCUCACCGAAGGAAAUGCCCCAAUACAUCACAUACUCGCAUUUGCAGCAGUCUUCUGCUUCGCUGGUCACUGACCAGGUGCCCAAGAUCAGAAUGUUCCCGCUGGUUGCACCCAGUGGGCUGCAGCUCUCGGCUAUUGCACACGAUACGCCGCUUAUUGAGUAUGGCAAGCCCAUUGGUAAGGCGGAGGCCAUUGAUGGUAUCCCACCGCGCAGGUCCUGCUGGGUUAUUCCUCAGUUGGUCGGUGAUGCGGGAAGUACGGGGUGGCCGAUGCCUGCUAAGAAGGUCUUGCAGAAGAAGGAUCCCAAGGAUGGAUGGGUUAUUGAAAAGUUUGUGGCAUAA